CGACCUAAUAAUUUGUCUCCAGUUCUUGCGUGCAGUAUCAUGAGCAAAUUGGUCGUCUUUGAGGGAAGCAAUUACUUGCGACAGCGACUGGUAUUAGCUACCCUUAGCGGUAAAAUCGUGCGCAUCAACAAGAUUCGAUCCGACGACGAAAAUCCCGGUAUUCGAGAUUAUGAGGCAAAAUUUCUCCAAUUGCUUGAAAAAGUAACCAAUGGAUCUACCAUUGAGAUCAGCUAUACUGGUACUUCCAUUCUUUAUAAACCUGGUAGCAUCAUGGGUGGACGAGUGGAACAUGAGUGUGGAAACGAGCGUGCUAUCAGUUAUUUCUUGGAGCCCAUGAUUGCAUUGGCACCUUUCUCGAAGAAGCCUUUUGCCCUGAAGCUGCAAGGCAUUACAACAGAUCAUGUCGACGUUUCGGUGGAUAUCAUUCGAACCGUGUUAUUGCCACAAAUGAGUCGAUAUGGUAUUGAGGGCAACGUGGAGUUAAAGAUCACAAAGCGAGGUGCUCCUCCUCUUGGCGGUGGCGAGGUUCUUUUCUCUUGCAACAAUGUACGACAGCUGAAACCUGUCCAGUUUACAGACGAAGGACGCAUUAAACGUAUACGAGGCAUCGCCUAUUGCACGCGCGUUUCACCUCAGACCGCCAAUCGAUUAGUGGAAUCGGCCCGUUCAUUACUGAAUCGAUAUAUUCCUGACGUUUACAUAUAUACGGAUGUUUACAAAGGCGCAGAAAGCGGAAAAUCUCCUGGUUUCGCCUUGAGUUUGGUAGCAGAAUCAACUACCGGUGCACUGUUAUCUGCAGAAAAGGCAGCACAACCGGGUCAGACUCCUGAAGACGUCGGCGUCAUUGCCGCCAAACUGUUACUUGAAGAAGUUCGCAAGGGAGGAUGUGUAGACUCGGCUAGUCAGUGGUUAAAUUUAUUAUUUAUGAUUCUUGCUCCAGAAGAUGUGGGAAAGAUCCGCAUUGGACAGCUAACACCAUUCACCAUUCAAUAUCUGCGCGAUCUCAAAGCUUUCUUCGGUGUUUCCUUCAAGAUUCAACCCGAUGAAGAGUCGAAUACCAUUUUAAUGACAUGUGUAGGCAUUGGUUACGUAAAUCAUAACAAGAAAUCAACAUAGAUGCAUUUUUAUUUCUCAUUUUUCUCUGUAUAUUAAAAAGUUCUAAACGUUUUUCAAUCAUAUUCAAUUAAAUAUUGUGCACUUAUAACAGAG